UAUGUGUAUCGAAGGACGUCAUUACGCGGACAUGAGGUCAAUGAAAGACUUAUUAUGAACAAAGAUAAAUUUAUUCAUAGUUUUUAAUAUGGAAAAAGUGUGGUGUGUGUUUUUCGUGUUCCUCAUAUAUAAAACGGUUAUAUUCGCACAAGAAGAAGGUGAAGAAUGUGAAUUAGAUGAAGCUGAUGGGGUGUUCGGAGAGUGUAAACCGUCAUACAUGUGCAGUUACGCCGAUCGACUGAUUAAUAAGGAAAUUAAGCAGCCAACAGUGUGCUUCAUCAGUUCGAGUGGUAUUACAUUUGUAUGUUGUCCCAACACCCCCUACCAGACAGGGAUACUUGGACGAACUUUCUAUGAUUCUAUAAACGGCCGACUGACAUAUGGUGACAUUGACUGUCGCUACACUGGACAAUUCCCGCUGGUGUGCUGCAAAAGAAAACCUAUUACGGCCUCCACAAGACUUAACAAUCGUCUCGGAGAGGACUGCGAUCGUAAAUCUAAUACAAAGACAGCUGAAGCCUGCAAAGCAUGCUACACAUAUCAAAAACCUCGGAGUUCAAACAUAGUCUGUCCAGAGGAGUCGGGCAAUAGGAUUGCUGGGGGCGAGCCAGCUGCGAUUGAGCAAUUUCCCCACAUGGUAGUGUUAGGUACUCGCGUAGAACAAAAGGCAGGUUCGACAUCCCCUGACAUCGUAUGGAUUGGAGCGGGUACCCUUAUAACAGAGACGUUCGUAUUAACAGCAGCACAUGUACUUUAUUCGCCGGAUAACGGUAAAAUCCAGUAUGCUUUGUUGGGAACGUCAAAUAAAAAGGACCUUAGGAAUGGCAUUUUAAGGUAUAUAGUGCAAUGGCUACGACACAAGAUGUAUACAGUUGGCUCACACUACCAUGAUAUCGCAUUAGUCGAGUUGGAUUUUAGGGUACCAAUAUCAAAGUUCAUACGACCGGCAUGCCUACCAGUGGAGGGGAUAGUACCAGACAAAAUCCCCACCCAGAUGACAGUAGCGGGCUGGGGAAGGACCGGCCAGUAUGCUGAUGCUACCCAACAGCUGAUGCAAGGUGACAUGCAAAUUCAAAGCACUCAAGUAUGUCGCAAGGGCCUACGAUCGCGAUACCAUAAUUGGGACCCAAACAUUAUGUUCUGUGCUAAAGCUGAAACAGCUGAUACUUGUUAUGGAGACAGCGGUGGUCCAUUGAUGGCACCUCUUAAAGAAAAUUCAAUGCUCUGUGGAUAUUAUGUGGUGGGGAUAGUGUCAUAUGGUACAGUUUGUGGUGUUAACUCCUCGGGAGCGUACACGAAAGUGACGAACCAAGGCUAUUUAGAAUGGAUAACAAGCACUAUUUGGCCGCAGCCGAGUGUGUGAAAAAAUAAACAAUUGUAAAGUGGUCUAAAACUAGUUCUAUUACCUUUUCUUAUUAGCAAAGGAUUAAAAAGAAAAGUUGAGUUUUAUAUUUUUAUAUUAAAGGGUUAUUAAUGUAGUAGUGGGAUAUAUAAUCAAGUAAAACACUCUUAAAAUUGUAAUAAAACUUUAUUUUCGUCGUACGCUUCGUUUGCUCUUACGUCCUUCGGUUACCCUUCAAAUCCGUCUCCCAUUCGUCUCACUCACACACCCUCUCACUUACACUAUAGUUUUGUUUCAUUUCACACAAAUAAUCUAAUCGUCUUACUUUCCAUUCCCACAUUAAUGUUUUAUAAUAUUACUAGCUUUUACCCGCGACUCUG